UCUGGUAGGAGGAGUUUAGUGUCACACUAUUAAAGAAAGAAAUCUAGGAAUCGUGUCUGCCAUGCGACCCAGUGGUAUAUAUUAUCAGUAUCCAUUCCCACACUGUCACUUGAGGCGUGUGAGUUGUGCGUCUAAGGACUCUUCUGUGGGUUGCUAUGGAGUGGUUUACUUUAAUUUUGUGUGUAAUUAUUUUAUUAAUUUCUAUUAAUCUUUUCUUUGGUAAAAGUCAUCCAAACGCCCCUCCAUGCAUAAAAGGAUGGAUACCUUGGUUCGGUGCUGCCUUUGAAUUUGGCAAGGCACCUUUGUAUUUUAUACAGCAAGCCAGAGACACAUAUGGACCAGUUUUCACUAUUGUAGCAGCUGGAAAGAGAAUGACCUUUGUAACCCUACACGAAGACUUCCGAGUUUUUUUUACAUCCAAAGAUGUUGAUUUUGAACAAGCGGUGCAAGAACCCGUUUACAACAUAGCUUCUGUCAGCAAGGAGAGUUUUUAUGAGUGCCAUCCAGCCUGUUUGGCCAUAGUCAAGGGAAGACUGACACCUGGCAACACAGCGAUGCUCUCUGGACCCCUUUGUGAAGAGUUUAAUGACCAUUUGGAGACCAUAGGAAAUGAAGGAUCUGGACAACUAAAUGAGCUUAUCAAGAGUGUUAUGUAUCCAGCAGUAAUGAGCAAUUUACUGGGCCGGUGUAACUCCCCUAGCACCCCCCUCACCAAGCAGGAGUUCCUGGAUAAGUUCACAACUUAUGAUGAUGGAUUCGAGUACGGAUCUCAACUUCCAGACAUAUUCCUCAAGGAAUGGGCAAACUCAAAGCAGUGGCUUAUUUCUCUCCUGAAAAAUAUGGUUAUAAAAGCAGAGGAGACCCUCUCCAGUGAGAAUGGUCACAAGACUUUACUACAGUGCCUUGCUACAUCAGUAUCAGACAAAUAUCUGCCCAAUUACGGUUUGUUAAUGCUUUGGGCAUCCCUGGCAAAUGCUAUACCAGUAACAUUUUGGGCCGUUGCUUUUAUUUUGUCUAAGCCUGAAGUAUAUAAAAUGGCAAUGGAACAGAUCAAAGAUGCUUUCAAAGACCAAGACAAGAAGAAGACAAAGGUGACUCUAGAUGACUUACAGAAGAUGCCGUAUGUGAAGUGGUGUAUCAUGGAAGCCAUUCGGCUGAGGGCCCCUGGAGCCAUUGCUCGCAAAGUAGUGCGGCCCCUCAAAUUACAGAAUUACAUCAUCCCACCUGGAGACAUGCUAAUGCUGUCUCCUUAUUGGGCUCAUCGUAACCCCAAAUAUUUCCCAGAUCCUGAAGAUUUCAAACCUGAACGAUGGGAAAAGGCAGAUUUAGAAAAGAAUGUCCUCUUGGAGGGAUUCGUGGCAUUUGGAGGGGGGAAAAAUCAGUGUCCAGGAAGGUGGUACGCCGUUAUGGAGCUGCAUAUGUUUGUGGCCAUGAUUCUCCACAAGUUUGAAUUUACCCUGUUGGAUCCGGUGCCUAAACCGAGCCCUCUGCAUCUGUUGGGGACCCAGCAGCCCGAAGGAUCCUUCGCUGUGAAAUACAAGCACAGAUAGAGUGCUUAGUGCUUUGUUUAAAGUCGUUGUAUCCUGGGAUGAUCUUCCGACAUUUGACACGGGCCAACACUGUAUUUUUGUGAAGGAAACCAGGAAGUUAUGAAUCCUAAAGGUAUUUUUAGCUCUUACAGUAUAUAUUUUGCAGAUUUGUUGUGUCAACCUCUUUUAUAAGUAAUGGCAUAAUAGAGGUGAUAGAUUUCAGAAAGCAUGUUGUGGAAAUUCCUCUCUCAAACCGAGAGCGAUCAUAUUCAGGAAGUAUGUAAUAAAGUAAAUUAAGGUUCAUGGGUAUGUGACUGCUAAACAUCUUGUACGUGAAAUAGACUAAGUAAGCCAAAGUUUAUAGACAAUGCAUCUAAGUGGUUCUCCAUUGUGAAGCAAAAAUAUGUAAACACAUUAUUACAUCUAUAAACAUCGCUUUAGCAGUGCUUCUUUUUUCUGCAGUGGUAAAAAGGAUUGUUUUUAUAAACACAUCUGUCUUUAAGUCUGUAAGGGCUUUACUGCAUCUGUGUACACUCAUUUUUGCUAACACAUUAUAAGGAAUGAUUUACAAUGAAUAUUUGUAUAUGUUUGGAAUGAAGUGUCCUUAACUUGUAAGGAAAAUAAAAUGUUUACAUGAAUGAAAUGUAAAAUUAAGUUACAUUUUGGAAGAAUAAACCCUUUAUGCUGUUUUGAA